GCAGAAUUCAAAAUGAUUCUAAGGAGGAGAGACAGAGAGAGGAACCUCCUCCACUACCAAAUGAAAAGAAGGUUCCAGUUGGUGGCAUCAGCAUCUUUGGAUCAGCCAUUACAUCUGCCAUUUGUCGCCAGCAGUCAUCUGAUUCUGAACAGUCAGAAAAGGAUGAUUCUGACUGGAAUGGCAGUAGCAAGUCCUCCAUUUCUACUCCCAAGCUGACUAAGCCUGCAAGCAAGUCAGAAUCACCUAAAGUACAAACAACAGCAACAGUAAAAGUUGUACCUCCUGCUUCAAGAGGAGGAGGAGGAGGAGGAGGAGGUGGUGGUCUCUUUGAUUAUGAUGAUGAGGAUGACCUGUUUGGAAGUGUUGUAAAAAAGAACACAAUAUUACCAGAGAAAACACAAACUGAUAGCAGGGAGGAAAAACCUGUUCCAGUAGCUGUUACUGCUACUGCUAGCAUCCAGAAAGAAAUGCCAAAAAGAGGCCUAUUUUCUGAUGAUGAUGAUGAUGACUUGUUUAGCAUACCUUCUAAAACUGAGAAGAAACCUAUCAUUCCCCCAAUAACAUCUGCAACUGAGAAGCACCUCGCUGGAAAGGCAGUAUCAGGAUCCAGUUCUUUUUUUAGUGACCCAGAAGAAGAUGGACUUUUUGGCACAGUAGUUCCUUCAAAACCUAUUGUAUCUCAAGAACAGCCAAAUUCAACAAACCCAGUAAAGGUACCUAAUAUCUCUCAGAAGAAUAGCUCCCUGUUUAGCUCUCCAAGUGAUGAGGAUGACUUGUUUUCUGCUACAAUAAAUUCUCAAGUGUCAAAGGCACCAUUGGCCUCCAUAUUGGAACCUCCACCCACCACAUCCUCAGCAGCUUCUAGGACAGAUGUUAUAAAUGACCUCUUUGGGUCACCCACAAGUGAAGAUAGUCUAUUCACAUCUAAUACUUCCGUAUCUCCAAAGGCAAAUACAUCUUUACAAAAAGAUAAAGAGACUGAUCAAGGACACAGUCUUCAACCAGAAAAGAAGGAAUCAAAGGCUCAGGGUCUAUCAGCAACCAGUGGUAUCUUCCAUUCACAAUCUGAUGAUGAUCUUUUUGCAGUCCCAAAGACCACAUCAAAAGGUACAUCUGAGCUAGGGGUUGCCCAUAAGGAAAAUCUGACAUCUUCUACCUUCAAGACUACGCAGAAUUCAUUAACCCCAAUUGCAGAUCGAUAUAUUGAAGAAGAUGGACUUUUUGGCACAGUAGUUCCUUCAAAACCUAUUGUACUCAAGAACACCCAAAUUCAACAACCCAGUAAAGUGUCAAAGGCACCAUUGGCCUCCAUAUUGGAACCUCCACCCACCACAUCCUCAGCAGCUUCUAGGACAGAUGUUAUAAAUGACCUCUUUGGGUCACCCACAAGUGAAGAUAGUCUAUUCACAUCUAAUACUUCCGUAUCUCCAAAGGCAAAUACAUCUUUACAAAAAGAUAAAGAGACUGAUCAAGGACACAGUCUUCAACCAGAAAAGAAGGAAUCAAAGGCUCAGGGUCUAUCAGCAACCAGUGGUAUCUUCCAUUCACAAUCUGAUGAUGAUCUUUUUGCAGUCCCAAAGACCACAUCAAAAGACUACGCAGAAUUCAUUAACCCCAAUUGCAGACUCUGA